AUGAAAUGCUUGAAUGCAGAAUCUGAACUUUAAACAACUAUUCAUUCGAAACAAUAUCCUUCUGAAAUUAACAGUCCUUAAGCAGAGAGAUAGGCAAUUCAAUAAAAAAAGAGAAAAUGGAAUAGUGAUGAAAUGGCAAAAUAUUGUCCAAUUGAUAUACCUAAUGCAUUUUAAUAUGAUAAGAUUAAUGGAUAGAAGUUUCGAUUAUUUUUAGAUGGGAAGUACUCUGCAAAUAAAUUGGUAAAAGAUAUGAAUGUAGUAACAAAGAGGAAACGAUUAACAUAAUUAGAAUAAGAAUUCCAUAAACAAAAAGAGGAAUAAUAAUUAAGAAAGGAAUUAGUGGAAAGAAGAUUUGCAAAAGUAAGGACAUUGAUUAAUACAAAUAUUAAAUUAAGAGAAGUAAACAGUUUUAUAUAUCUUUAAUUUAGUCCUUGAAGCUAGAAUCUAACUUGAAAGGAAGUAGAAUGUUCUCUCAAUUAAAUAACCAUAUAGUUGAUCAUAUAGCUAAAAUUAAAUCAAAGGAUUUAUUGACUGAUAGAAUUGAUGGAGUUAGAUAAUGUGAACCAACAAAACUUUAUGAUUAUAGUAAUUCUGGAAUAAAGUUAAAAUUUAAUAAGAAAUAAAAGCUUAUUAAAUCUUAAACCUAAUAUUGUUUGAAAUAAGCAGCCUCUUUAGAAGUUUAAGAUCAUGUUGAAUAGUAUUUUAAAUAAUAAUAAGAUGCCUUACAUUCUAUUGAAUUUAAAUAAAAAAGAAAGGCAAAAUUGAAAAUUAUAUCUGAUAGAAAGCAUCGUAAAUAUUUUACAGAAUUUGAUAUCAAUAUAUAAAAUAAGAAGGCACCUCCAUCAAUUAAGGAUGUGCAAUUAUUUAAAUAUAUUCAUGGAUAGAUGUUAAUAGAAAGAUUUUAAUAAAAAUAAGAUGAUUAAAAAGAGUAUUUCGGAAAUAUCUUGAGAAAUAAAAAAAGUUAUCAUAUUCUUUCAAAUUUUGAUAAACCUUCAGAAUUAUAUGCAUUUGAUGAUUGUGAUUAAUCUUUCGAAUCAAUGAAAGAGAUGAAACUUUCCAAUCUCUAUGCUCAAAGUAUUGAUUUACAAAAAAAAUUAUUGACAGAAAGAAGAAUUGUGAAUUAAGUAUAACAAUCUAAAUAAAUAGAUUAAACUACUAAUUUAAUUUAGGUUGUCAAUAAACAAAAAUUAAAAUGA